AUGGCGUCUCAGUCAAAUAUCGGUUCUUCCAAGACCGUUGACGUGGUAGUCAUCGGCGCCGGACUCAGCGGGCUACGGGCAGCGUUGGGUGUGCAAGCAGCCGGACUCUCUUAUGCAGUAGUAGAAGCUAUUGAUCGUGUAGGAGGUAAGACACUGACCGUGCCGUCCAAGAAAAGCGGCCCCGGUGUCAACGAUGUCGGCGCCGCCUGGAUCAAUGACACCACGCAAAGCGAGAUUUAUAAACUUGUCCAGAAGUAUGGACUGCAAGUGGAAACCCAGGAAAUCCCAGGCCAUGAUAUUUUCCAAAGCCCAGAGGGCUGUGUUUUGUUCAAGCAUGGUGAACUUCCGGUGAGCGAGGAAGACAAGGCAGCAUUGGCUCAAGUGUUGGCGCAUUUUAAUGACCUCGUUUCUGACGUCAACCUGGAAGACCCUGGCUCGGGUCCCAAUGCGAAGGAGCUGGACAGCGUCAGUCUGCAGGAAUACUGUAUCCAGACUUUCCAAUCCGAAUUGAUUGCGGGUCUGUUUGAUACCAUCAUCCAGUCUCUCAUUGGCGUGGAAGCCAAAGAUGUGAGUCUGUUGGCUUUCUUGAUCUCUCUGAAGGCUGGUACCGGAUUUGAGGCCGUGACCUCAGACGGCAAGAAUGGAGGCCAGCAGCUCCGCGUGCGACAGGGCAACCAAACCAUUUCCCAGAAUAUGGCGAAGGAACUAAAGCCAGGUUCCAUUCACCUCUCAAGUCCUGUAACCGAAAUCAAACAGGACCCAGCCACAGGAGCCUGCACAGUCCACACAUCUAACAACACAACCUUCCACGCAAAGAAAGUCAUCCUAUCCGUCGCAACUCCCCUCUACAAGAAGAUUACGUUCGAUCCACCCCUCCCUGAAUACAAACAACUUCUUGUAAAAGAAAACAAACUAGGUUACUACAGCAAAAUCAUCUUCGUCUUUGACAGACCCUUCUGGCGAGCCGCCGGCCUCACCGGCGCCAUCCAAUCGCAGACAGGACCCUUCACCUUCACCAUGGACAACAGCUUCCCAGAUGACGAACAGUGGUCCAUCGCCUGCUUUACUGUAGGGCGCCGUGGUCGUGAAUGGUCCCAGCUCUCGCAGGAGGAAAGACGUCAGACAGCAUGGGAGCAGCUCCGCUCCGCGCUUGAGAACACUGAUCUCCCAUCUGGAGAAAAGAUCAAGGUCCCGGAGCCCAUCAAUGUGCUCGAGUAUGAGUGGACUAAGCAGGACUUUUUCCUUGGUGGACCGGAGCCGGGUUCUCCCCCAGGUGUGAUUUCUCGGGUGGGUAAGGAUGCUGUGAGAAAGCCGUUUGGAAGUGUGCAUUUUGUGGGGACAGAGACUGCGUUGCAUUGGAAGGGGUAUAUGGAAGGUGCGGUAAGGUCGGGUGAUAGAGGUGCCAAGGAGGUUGUUGAGGCACUCACUAAAUAA